UCUCUCUCUCUCUCUUUCUCUCUGUCACGUGACAGGCGGGAGCUUGUGCUAACCAGUGCAGUGCAGCUAAUCUCGCUGUUGUUUUUCUUCUAACCAUGUUCGUAGCUCGGAGUAUCGCUGCGGACCAUAAAGAUCUGAUCCACGAUGUCUCUUACGAUUUUCACGGCCGGAGAAUGGCAACAUGCUCCAGCGACCAGAGUGUGAAGGUUUGGGACAAAAGUGAGAAUGGAGAGUGGCACUGCACAGCCAGCUGGAAGACCCACAGUGGAUCAGUGUGGAGAGUAACCUGGGCCCAUCCAGAGUUUGGGCAGGUCCUGGCCUCCUGCUCCUUCGACAGAACAGCUGCUGUCUGGGAGGAGAUCGUAGGGGAGUCCAAUGACAAACAGAGAGGCCUGAGCCACUGGAUAAAGAGAACAACACUGGUGGACAGCAGAACAUCUGUAACUGAUGUGAAGUUUGCUCCUAAACACAUGGGUCUGAUGCUGGCCACCUGCUCUGCUGAUGGAGUGGUGAGGAUCUACGAGGCUCCUGACGUGAUGAACCUGAGCCAGUGGUCUCUGCAGCACGAGAUCUCAUGCAAGCUCAGCUGCAGCUGUAUAUCCUGGAACCCUUCCAGCUCUCGUGCCCAUCCCCCCAUGUUUGCUGUGGGGAGUGAUGACAGCAACGUGACCUACGGCGGGAAGGUUCAGAUUUAUGAGUAUAAUGAAAACACACGGAAGUACAGUAAAGCAGAGACACUGAUGACAGUCACAGAUGCAGUCCACGAUAUCGCAUUUGCUCCUAACUUGGGAAGGUCCUUCCACGUCCUCGCCAUCGCAACAAAAGAUGUCAGAAUAUUUAAGCUUGUUCCUUUGAGGAGGGAGAGCACCACCACCGGACCAACCAAGUUGGAGGUGCAGAUCGUGGCUCAGUUCGACAACCAUAACUCCCAGGUGUGGCGUGUGAGCUGGAACAUCACCAGCACCCUGCUGGCUUCCUCUGGAGACGAUGGCUGUGUUCGGCUGUGGAAAGCUAACUACAUGGACAACUGGAAGUGCACCGGCAUCCUGAAGGGGGACGGCAGCCCGUUGACAGGUUCGUCUGGUCAACCCAGCGCCAUGAGCACCGUGGUGGGCUCCUCCAUCCAGACCUCCCAGAAUGCCCUGAACGGGAUGUCAGCAGGAAGGAUUGCCAAAAGAGCUUCCUUUGCUCCUCCCCUGCGGCAGCUGACCUCUCCAAAGAUAAACCAGAGUCCUGCAUAUUACUAAUGUCUCGUGCACGCCACCGCCUGCUCCCCGUGGCUGUUUGAGACUAGUCCCACCGAAGCACAUUUCAUAGCUGAUAACUUGUUGAAGUUUGGAUUUUUGGCAUGAAACCUUGGUGCGUGUACCUCACAACCUCAUGUCGCAGAGGUUUACUGCUGUGGGGCAAUGAAGAAGAAAAGAUUUUUUCUACAGCGCCUCUCAAGAUAAAAAUCACAAGGCGCUUCACAAAAAAAACAUGUAAAAUAUAAAAAAGAAUUUAGAAAAUGAUUAAAAAUAUAUUUAAAAUGAGCAAAAAAAUUGACAAUUGUGAUUAAAAAUGUAAAGAAAGAGAGAGUGAAUAGGAAAGGGGGAAAUCAGUGGAUCCUGAGGAAGGUGGAAUAGGUGGGGAGAGCAGAAUAAGGAGAGGGUGAUGAAGGUCACACCAAAGCCUGAACAGCUGCUUUUUAAAGGAGACCACUGAGUCCACUGAUCUCAGGCUCAGGGGGAGAGAGUUCCAGAGUCUAGGGGACACAGCAGCAAAUGAUCUGUCACCUUUGGUCUUUACCAAAGACCAAAGUGAGUGUGUGUGUGUGGUCACACUCACUCAACCCAACAUUGCCUGCCUGACAUUUUUUCUGAAGCAUGCAUGGAUAUUUUUCCUGUUAAAUUUUCAUUUCUACUUCCUUUUUAUGUUUCCUUGUUUGUAUUUUUGGUGUCUUCCCACCCCAAACCUUCCUCCUUUUCUAUGUAUCCAUUGUGUUUGUCUGCUCCCCUUUUUAUUUUCCUCUGAUGUUACUUUAGGUAUUUCUUUCCUCCUCUGGAUCCUCCCAGAGCAGGGACCAGGUGUGGUCACCUGCUGCCUCCUCCCUCCCUCAUAGAGCACUGCGAUGCUGAGCCCGUCACUCAGCCUCAGCAACAUGCUCUUCUCCCCAGACACAACUCUAGAGUGCUGCUGUCCUUACCAGAGGCUGAGGAGCAGUCGUUUUAGCUGUGUGUUCCCCUGCGUGUGUAUUUAAAGUACAAUUCAAUAAUUCAAAACUGUUUGUCCAUAAAUCGAAAACAAAUCGGAGAACUGAAUCACGCUGGACGUCAUCUGACUGACUAGCAAGGCACAUCAUUAUCCUGUUUUAAGGUUAGCAGAAAUUGUGUCUACUUGCAAAUAGGAAAUGUAUUAAAAGUGGUAGAAAUUAUACCAAGUGAUACAGUAGAAGCAUGUGGAGCAGCCCUGUGAGAAUAGCACCUGAUUCAUCAUCACACAGAAUCAGGCAUGUCUGAAGCCCGUUCUGGACAGAGCUGCUGUGUUCUGCGUGUCCGUUGGCUGGGGUGUGAUCCACAGCCUUGUCAUGAACAGCUGCUCUGCUGAAUUAUACUGGAGCAAGUCAACAAGUCCUAGCUUAUAGCUGUUAUGUAAAUGCCUCAUUCUGAUGGAGUGUGAUUAAAUGAUUUGGCUAUUUGAUUUGACACAUUCUCUAAAAUAAAACUUGAAAUGUAAAUGUGAA